AAACAAGGGCCCGCUUUGAGUUUGCGCGGUGUCGUUUUGCUGUUAUAGUAGUUUGAAAAUGUCAAUAAUAGCGAUAAUGAAGUAUACAAAACUCAACAUCGCUAUCUCUCAACGCGCAUGCGUCUUUACGCAUUGGGAUAUAACGUGGAAAAAUCAUUACAGUGCAUGGAAAGCCCUGCAUAGCUCGGCUGUUCGCUCGACAUUUUGGCGUAAAAGAUGGCCUUAAGCUUGCACGAAAGCUUUGAAAGGUGUUGCCGACUAUGUGCGGAGGAGCAAGAAGUGACUAUAAUGAUAUUCAGCGCAGAAGCCGAAGCUAUGCUUCUGCAGAACAAAUUGAACAAGUACUUGUUAAUUGAGGUAGAUGAGGAAGACAAACUCCCUAAAAAUAUUUGCAUCAGAUGCUGUUCCAAAUUGCAAACUGUCUGUGAGUUCAUUGACACAGCCCGCAAGGCGCAGGAGGUGCUGCUCAACCAAAGCAUCAUACUUGACCAAUUUGAUCCCCCUAGCUCCCAGAAUUGUAUGGUGCAGCCUAUAACUGAAAUAAAAUCAGAGUUUGAAUACUCCGAUGAUGAAAACCCUAUCACUGAAAUGGAAAUUAGUGUUGAUCCAAUGAUGAUUCUUCAGAAUUCUGACAGUUUACUGUCUCCUAAUGUAGAAGAGAGUACAGAAGAUAAAUGUAAUGAUCAGGAAGAAGACAUAACACACCUGCACAGUGUAGACGGUGAGAAUGUGACUAUCAAAUUAAUCAAAAAAGGUGAUGCACAUGCCGACCAGUCGGUACCAGGAUUAAAGAAAAAGAAAAUUAAACCUUUCCCAUGUAUUACAUGCAAAAGAAGUUUUUACACAGAGUUGGCAUUGAAGAAUCAUUCAUGGAUACAUUUCAAUGAGGAGAGAGUUAACAAGAAAUUUAAAUGUGGCACUUGUGAGGAGAGCUUUGACUACAAGUGUGAUUUAAUUGUGCAUUUGAAGAAACACAGAACAAACGGGAUGUGCACAAUAUGUGGUAGAUGUUUCAGAACAGAAAGAACUUUAGCAGCACACAUGACUGUGCACAUGGCAUCUAGUAAAGCAUACACAUGUAAAGUAUGCGGAAGGUCAUACAAUACACGGAGUAACUUGAAAACACACAGCAUCACGCAUAGCAGCGAGAGGCCAUAUCAUUGUCACCUCUGUAAGAAAAGUUUCAAGAGAAAUCAGGAUUUAAAGUUCCACAUCAAUCAACACACUGGAGCUAAGCCAUACAAAUGUCCAUUUUGUGAUAAAAGCUUUGCAAGCUCCGGGAACUGCUACUCUCAUAGAAGUCGGAUGCAUCCUGGUCGUCGGGUCGAUGCCAAGGUUCGGAGACGCAUGGCAGCGUCCCGCGACAGCCCCGCGGUGCGGGACGGCGCGCUGCACCCGCGCCCCAUCGCGCCCAAGCCGGCGCCCGCGCAGCUCACCUCGGUUAAGGGCAUCUUCAAGUACCAGUGCAGCCUCUGCAACCAUAGCUUUAUGAGGAGAGACAAUUACACGUACCACAUGUAUCAGCAUACGGGUGAAAAGCCAUUCCAAUGCACGUUCUGCCAGGACACGUUUGUGACGAGAAGAGGACUGUUGCUGCAUCACGACAAGGAGCACCCGGGUAGCGAUCGGCCCCUUGCGCUGCUGUCCAAGAAUGUGCUGUUAAAGUAACACUAGUAGUUGAUAAACAAGAGGCGCCCCUUGUCUAUGUAAAAGCAAUACUUUGGUAGACCUUAACAACUUGAGAUAAGGUUUCAUAAUGGUCUGCGGGCUGUGUCGUCGUUACGUUAGUGUAGGUUGAUUUGCCAAAGAUGGCGUGAAAAAGGGGUUUAAAAAUGGUUGAUUUAUUCACGUCAGCUAUGUUGGAGCGACCUGCAACUGUAAUCGAACUUAAAUUCAGUUGUUGAAUGUCAAUUAUAUGAAUUUUGGCGAAAAUUCCUUUAAGCAACUACAUAGAUGAGAGGCUCUUCUUAUUUUUUUACCUAACAUUUAAGUGUAUUGAAACAGUAUUAGCUUUUUUCCUUAUUACAUGUUCCAUUCGGGCCAGAGUUAGUAGCAUUUGAAUUUAUGUGAUUAAACACUACAUUGCAAUACAAAAGUUAGUCCUUUAAAUUGCUUGCUAGUCAUCGGAAAGCUUGACAAUUUCGAGUUCCCACAUGCUGUUCCCACUGGUAAUGACUAACAGUACUAUUUCUGUUAAUACUGAUACUGAUACUAUUCUGGCAGAUUAAGUAGUUGAUAAAAUAGAAUUUGUUUUUUACAAUUGCAAUUAUAACAUAAGCAGCCGCUAGUGCCACAACAUAUCACAACAUAUUGUAAGGUUCCAGCCAGAAACCAAUUACUUGUAGUCUAAAAAAAGGUUACAAACUAGUCUAGCAAACCAAUGCAACAGUAAAAUAAGAUUGAAAUUCAAAAAUUCAUAGGGAAGUCUCCCUAUGAAAUCCCUCAUUCUCUCACGAAGCAAAAUGUGAGACAAAAUACACAUUGGACAAAUAAAUUGGGCAGGUGGAAUACCAACCUAAACCUAUGUUAGCAGAUCGUAUAUACCUAGUCAAAUAAACCCGGACAAUAAUAGUCCCGGGUCUGGGAGCCCUCACAAUCCACAUAUGUCACCUAGCUGUGAAUGAAUAUAAUUAAGUAUGUACAUUUGUUUAUUGCUUUGCUGUUGAUAUUGUGAGCCCAGGCAAAACAACGCAGUUAGAACGUGUAGGAAAGUACGUCCAUGAAUACCUGUGAAACUAUGAUUAAUUUAAAUAGUAAGGUAAGUGCAAUA